AUGAUUUAUAGUUGUUGGAAUGUUAGAGGCCUAAGAGGGGAUGGGAAGUUAAGUAUGGUGAAAGAGUUGAAGAAAAAGUAUAGAUUAAAUAUGCCAGGUUUGAUUGAAACUAAGAGGGAGGUAAUGACUAAGUUUGAUGUAGUACGUUUGUGGGGUUGUGACACAGUGGGUUGGGACUAUGUAGAAUCAGUAGGUGCGUCUGGUGGCUUAUUAUUAAUGUGGGACGAUUUGUUGUUUAAACAGUCGAACUGUUAUAAAGGUGAUGGUUGGCUAUGCAUUGAAGGUUUGUUGACAAAAAAUAACUUGAACUGUGCAUUCUGCUUGGUGUAUGGAGCACAUACGCGAAGGGAGAAACUGAUAAUGUGGGAGGAGUUAAGCUACAUUGUGGGCUUAUGUCAAGUUCCGUUUUGUUUCAUGGGGGACUUUAACGAGAUACUAAGGUUAGAGGAAAGGAAAGGCGCUGUUAGUUUGCCGACUACGGCGGAAGAUUUUAAGGGAUGGGUGCAAGAUUCACAGUUAGUGGAUUUACCAUUAACUGAUCGGCAGUUCACAUGGAUUCGAGGUCGUUCUUGUAGCCGCAUUGAUAGGAUUCUUGUCAGUAUAGAGUGGCUUGAGGAGUUUCCAGAUACUCGAUUGAAAGGGGGACCAAGAGGUCUAUCAGAUCAUUACCCGCUGAUUCUAGAAGAUACAAGACUAAAUGCGGGUCCUAGACCUUUUCGAAGCUUGGAUUCCUGGUUUACACAUGAAGGGUUUCUGAGGAUGGUGAAGGAUGAGUGGCAGAAUUUGAGUGAGGCUCAUUUCACUAAUAAGCUGCAGGCCUUGAUGAUAUCGCUGAGGAGAUGGCAUAAGGACAAUUUUGGUGGGAUGGAUGACAGGAUAAAGAAAUUUUAA